AGAAAAUCUCCAGAUCUUUUUAAAAUGAAAACAUGGUAUCACUGCUCGCCAUUCAACUUUUAAAGGAAGCUCCUGCUUCGUCCCCUCGUAUCAGCCUCAUAUUUCACCGAAAAGAUGAACGCACCACAGCCAAUCGUGGUCUUAAGUCAAAAUGCAAAGCGAGAAAGCGGACGGAAAGUUCAGCUUCAGAACAUCAAUGCUGCUAAGAGUAUGGCUGAUGUCAUCAGAACCUGCCUGGGCCCAAGAUCCAUGUUGAAGAUGUUGCUAGACCCCAUGGGGAGCAUCGUCAUGACAAACGACGGAAAUGCCAUCUUGCGAGAGAUCACUGUACAACACCCAGCUGCCAAGCACCUGAUUGAAAUUGCCAGAACACAGGACGAAGAGGUAGGUGAUGGAACAACAAGUGUUGUGGUCCUUGCCGGUGAGAUGCUUGCUGUGGCUGAACAGUAUUUGCAGCACAAAAUGCACCCAGUUGUUAUUAUCCAGGCCUAUAGUCAAGCCCUUGAGGAUGCUGUUAAUGCCCUCUAUGAGCAGCUGUGUGUUCCAGUUGACCUCAAUGACGAGCAGCAUGUGAUUGAUGUCCUGAAGUCUUGCAUCGGCACAAAGUUCCUGGGCCAGUACGCAGACUUGGCCUGCUCCAUCGCUCUGAAGGCAGUCCGAUUGAUUACCACAGAGAAGGAGGGGUACAAGGAAAUUGACCUGAAGAAGUGGGCAAGAAUCGAAAAGGUCCGUGGUGGUACCAUUGAAGAGUGUUGUGUACUGGAUGGCAUAAUGGUGAAUAAAGACAUCACUCACCAGAAAAUGAGGCGUAGGAUCGAGAAUCCGCGCAUCGUCCUUCUCGACUGUGCCUUGGAGUUCAAGAAAGGAGAGUCACAGACAGAUGUGGAAAUUGUCGAGGAGAUGGACUUUACUAAGAUGCUGGAAAUGGAAGAAGAGAGCAUCAAGUCCAUGUGCGCAGACAUCAUCUCCUUCGAACCGGAUGUUGUCAUCACAGAAAGAGGCGUCUCUGACUUAGCACAGCACUACCUAGCCAAGGCUAACAUCACGUGCAUUCGCAGGGUGAAGAAAUCUGAUAACAACAGGAUUGCUAGGGCAUGUGGUGCCAAGAUUGUUAAUAUUACCUCGGACCUGAAAGAGGAAGACAUUGGUACUGAAGCCGGGCUCUUUGAGAUUAGAAAGAUUGGUGACGAAUACUACACAUUCAUCACACAGUGCAAAAACCCCAAGGCCUGUACAAUCCUCCUCCGUGGACCCAGCAAAGAUUUCAUCAAUGAGGUUGAGAGGAACCUCCAAGAUGCUCUGGGCGUGGCCAGAAAUCUUGUUAUGGAACCGAAGCUUGUUUAUGGUGGUGGUGCUGUGGAGAUGGCUCUCUCUCGCAUCCUGCAUGAGAAGUCCAAGUCAGUGUCGGGUGUCAAGCAGUGGCCCUACACAGCGCUGGCUCAGGCCUUGGAGGUAAUCCCUCGUAUGCUAGCCCAGAACUGUGGUGGCAACGUUAUCCGUCUGCUCACAAAUUUGCGUGCCAAGCAUGCCAGUGGGGAAAUUUACUGGGGUGUAAAUGGAGAAACUGGAGAGCUGGCAGACAUGAGGACACUGAGGAUAUGGGAUCCCCUCGCUGUGAAAAUUCAGGUCUAUAAGACUGCCGUGGAGACUGCAGUUCUUCUCCUGAGGAUCGAUGACAUCGUUUCUGGCUGUAAGAAAAAGGAUCCUUCAAAGGAGGAGAUGCCUGAAUUGGGCCCCAUGGAUCAAUAAAUUAUAUUAAAAAGAUUUGAUUACUUGAGAUGUUGAAAUAUAUGCAGAGGGGCUUGUCAAGUCGUAAAAGGGUACAAGACUUCUGUGAAUGCGACACAUAUGGCCCGGAGGGUGUUCUUGUUGCAAUACCAAAUCUUUUGUAAAGACAAUUUUAUAAUAUUUCAGUUAUAUUACAUUCUAAAGUAUGUGAAUCUGACUUGUAGCUCAUUCAUCAACUAGUCUUCUGGUUUUCUGUGGAUAUUGGGAACAUACAAUUGUUUAUUCUAUUUUACAAGUUGCACAAGAGGCCAAAAUUUUAGGUUAUGUAAAUCAGAACUCUGUAUCAUUCUUAUUUGUUAAAGAAAUUCGUGUCACUAGACCUGUGUUGUUUUCCUUAUAUUCGGAUGAAAUAUCAUUACUAAUUGCAACAUGCCUUUGGUAUCUUUCAUCUGGUUGUGAAGAUAAAUUCUAUAGUCUUUCAGGAGUUAUCUGUUUUCAAGGCCAUUUAUGCAAGUUUUCUCUCUAGAUUGCAGUUUUUUGUAUGUCAGAUAUUUAAUUUACUAUACAAUGCUUUUGGAGCUAAAGGUGCUUUAUAUAAUAAAAUAUUUCUUGUUUAA